AUGAUCGGACGGCUGGCCGCGUUUUGGCACGGCUGCCCUGCCGGACUCAAGGAGGCGUACACCAGCUUCGCGGUGCAGAGUCUCAUCGCGCUCGCAUACUCGCUGAACCGUUACAUCGGGCACGCGGCCUCCCGGCCGGGAAUACGGAGGUUCGUCCCCUGGGCCGUGUUGAACCUGACGGCCACGUUUGUCGUGCACCUCGCCUGCCUGCGCGCGCUGUCGCCCGACUACCGCAGGAGCAUCUCCGUGACGGGCUUCCCGACGGCGCGCGGCUUCGUGCUCGAGGUGCUCGGCUCGCUGCUCGUCUUCGAGGUCCUCUUCUACUACAUCCACCGCCUGAUGCACACGCGCCUCUUCUACCGCCCCGUCCACGCCAUGCACCACCGCAUGACGGACAAGGUCUGCCUCGGCGCCUUCUACGUCCACCCGGUGGAGUUUCUCAUGGUCGGCUUCGGCGCCUUCAUGGGCGCCGUCGCCCUGACGCGCACGCACUUCCCGACCAUGCUGUUCCUCGGCGUCGUCGCCGAGCUGGCCGGCCUGUACUUCCACGAGCUGGGCGAGGUGUCCGGCGUCAUGAGCCACGAGAGCCAUCACGUCCGGGGUGCCAAGAACUUCGGCUCCAUUGGCUUGAUGGACAUGCUGCACGGAACCUUUAUGAAGACUUUCGCACUGCACUUGCCAAAUUGCUUGCCUGCCACCUUCCAAAUCGGUCCAGUGUUUGUUCCAGUCGUCAGACGUGAGAGCAUCGUCCUCUCUUUUAUCGGUCUGCCCAAGAUUUGA